AUGUCGAAAACAGAAGAAACAUUACGUGCUUGUGGACGAUGGAUAUGUCAUUCGUUUGAUAUCUUAAAAGCAAUUCUCAUGCGAGUCAUUUUUGCACUCCAUGCAACCAUAGCAAUCAUUAGAAUUGUGGUAACUAAAGGCGAUUAUUGGUACCUGUUAAACAUGUGUGGGGUUAAUUUUUUGCUUAUUGAACUGAUUGUCACUAUUGUUAAACGCAAAGGAAAAGAACCUAAAUGGUUUUCACCAUGUUUUUUUCUAUAUAUAUGUACAAUGAUUCCACCUAUUUGGUUUCUCGAAAUCAAUCGUAUUAAUGUUAAACUCGGUAUAGCACCAAUGAAUCAAACUGAAGGCGACGAGUUAACAUCGAUGAUCGAAAAAGGUCUUAUUUCCAAAGCGAAUCUCAACGAUAAAACGAAAUUACUUUCAUUAUCUGUCGAUGAUUGGGUUGUGGCUAUCGAAGUAACUUUUCUGAUGACAAUCAUAGUUGGUCGCUGGAUGUUACCAAAAGGCAGAAUAAGUCGAUCGGCCUUAUCACAACUAUUGCUCGUUUAUUUGUCAUUAGCAUCAGAUAUGAUUGAUUUAUUAUCAAUCUUUCAAGAGGACAAAGUUAUUCGAAAUACCGAGAUGGUUUAUUCGAUUCUGGCAGUGUUUUCUUGGUCUACGUUUCAAUUUAGUCUGAAUCUCGUCGCCACACGUGGAAGAAAUUUUCGUGCUGAACCUGACCCAUUCAAUAUCGACAUUCCAUCGGUCGCCAAAGACCAACCUCGUCGUACGGAAAAGCGCUCGAUUUCAACGCUAUGUCAAAAACUAUGUAGUAGUGAACUUCCGUCGAUCUUUAUCACUAUUCUCAUGCAAGAUUUACCUUUUCUUGUUCUUCGUCUUAUAGCUGUCAUUCAUUUCGAAGUGCAAUCCUAUACAACAAUAUUUUUCACAUGUAAAAAUCUUUUUAUUCUAUUUUUACAAUUCUACCGCCUUUGGUCAAUUUGUAUGGAACAUCUAGAUCAAGAGAGUACAGUCGAUAAUGAAAUCUCAUCACGCCCUGAACCUUCAAAAGAACCACUCGAUACUCAGCUUAUUUAG